AAAUCGGCAGCUACUGACCUGUGGCCUAUAUUCAAAGAGGAAGAAGCCCCUUAUAAAAUAGCCAACAGUGGAUGGUCUGGCAGACAGAGCUGUUGUGGGUCAGCUGUGAAGAGGGAGCCUCAUCGCCACCAUGAACUUCUCCGGCAAGUACCAAGUACAGAGCCAGGAAAACUUUGAGCCCUUCAUGAAGGCAAUUGGUUUGCCUGAUGAUCUCAUCCAGAAGGGCAAGGACCUCAAGGGGGUAUCGGAAAUCGUCCACAAUGGGAAGCAUAUCAAGCUCACCAUCACCCAUGGAUCCAAAGUGAUCCAGAAUGAGUUCACCUUGGGGGAGGAGUGUGAGCUGGAGACCAUGACUGGGGAAAAGGUCAAGAUGGUGGUUAAGUUGGAAGGUGACAAUAAAAUGGUAACAACCUUCAAAAAUAUCAAGUCUGUGACUGAAUUCAACGGAGACACAAUCACCCAUACCAUGACAUUGGGUGAUAUUGUCUACAAGAGAGUCAGCAAGAGGAUUUAGACAAGUCUGAGGUUCAUUGUUUUACAAUGUAAAAUUAAUAUAAUAAAGUGAACUUUGUUUGAAAACA